UCAAUCACAAAUCGGGACUGUUAAAUAGUGAACGUAGCAUGGAAUUUAAUUCAAAAUGGAAGUGAAACUAAGUUUAAUAAUAUUUGGCCUGUUACUUUUAGGAAUAGAUGGAACUGUUGAUGGUGUGAAAAGUAGCUUAACUUUUGUUAUUGAUGAUACUGGCUCAAUGGGUGAUGAUAUAGCACAAGUGAAAAUAUGUGCAAAUGCAAUAUUUGAUACCGUGAUGCGUUCGAAUUCUUCGCAAGUUGAAGAUUUUGUGCUGGUGACUUUUAACGAUCCCGCUAGUUUGAACAAACUGCGCGCCAAAACUAAAGACAGAAAUGUUUUUAAAAACGCUUUAAGUGAUAUAAGUGUGGAUGGAGGUGAUGAUUGUCCUGAGAUGGCCAUGUCUGGAAUCAAAAAGGGCCUUCAGAACAGCCGAAAACGGUCUUACAUAUAUGUGUUUACUGACGCUUCAGCCAAAGAUUAUGACGAUUAUGAUGAAGUUGAAGUCCUUAGCCAGAAAAUGGAAUGUCAGAUUGUGUUCGUACUCACCGGCUACUGUUCAAAUAAGAAGGCACCUCAAUACUUGGUUUAUAAGCAGCUCGCCAGCGCUACCAAUGGACAAGUGUUUCACUUAGAAAAAAGUGAAAUUGGAGAGAUUUUGAAGUAUGUGCAAAAAACUAUAGAGAGCCGAAAUCAUGUUCUGAAAAGCAAAGAUUUUCCUCCAGGCUAUGGAAAUACCUUUGACAUUCCCGUGGACGCGGACACAAAAGAGUUAGUGAUUGCCGUAUCGGGAACGAAUCCCGCGGUCAGCGUCACCGAUUCCGGGGGCACUAAGUGGCCUACUACAGAUAUCACCAGACUGAAAGAAAUCGCCGUGGUGAAAGUUGUUGAUGUGACACCCGAUGUGUACACAGUGGAAGUGGGCAGUGAGGAUGAGACCCAUGUAGUCGUGUCAGGAUCCACAACAGUUCACUUCCAGCACGGAUUCUCCACCGUUAGCCCUUCAGACAUUAAGGAUACCGUAACGAGACCUGUGCCAGGAGUAAAAUCUCACCUCUCCAUAAAAUUAUCUACUGAAGAUGGAAACGUUACACUACACAGCGUUCAGAUACUGGACAUGAACGACAAUGUGAUCUCGACAAUACCAUUGAAGCUUGUUGAUAAAACCGAACAGUUCUACACCACUGAGCAGAUUAUGCCACCAGAUCAUAUGUUUAAAGUUGCGAUAAACGGAUAUGAUUUCAACAGUAAAGCUCUUAUAACGAGAAUCAGUUUAACACCGGUCAAACCGCAAGAAAUUAAGCCAGCUAAAGUGGAAACAAAAGCUCCCCAGGUAGAGUGCAAGGAUAUCAUUAAUGCUGCUUUCGACAAGCCGCUGCAGUUGAAGUGCAAAGUCUGUGGUUAUCCCAAGCCAGACGUAAUUUGGGAGUCUGAUGACAAAUCUGUCGUCUUAUCUCAUUUCGAGUCCACUAUAGAACUGCCGUACGACUACAUCAGCGUGUUGGACAUAAGUAAUGUGAUAAAAAACAGCACUUACACCUGCAAAGCUGUCAACAGUGUCGGCAGUAGCGAAGGCAGAACCACUGUUCAAACUAAAAUGAAGAGCUACUUUAAAGUCCUUGCUUUUCCUAAGGAUAUUACCAUCGAAUACCAGAAGUCAGUGAAAAUACCCUGCAAAGUAGAAGCCUAUCCACCAGCAACCGCGUCCUGGUACAAAGAUCGCAAUCCACUAAAACCAGAUGGAAACCUGGAACUGUCAGAAGAUGGAUCCGUCCUCACUAUCCGGUCUAUGGAACCUAAAUUGGCCGACAACUACAUAUGCGAGGCGAGAAAUGCCAGGAAAAGGAAGAUUUAUCCGUUCAGAGUGCAGAUUAGUGGUGUUGAAGCGCCAGAAAUAAGCAAGGAAGUAACUAAAAUGACGGCUUUGAAGGGUUCCGCGGUUGACAUUAGAUGCCAAGUAACUAAAGGAAAGCCAAAACCAAGGAUGCAUUGGUACUACAAAAGUGCUGCUGCUAGUGAUUACCUCCCCAUGAAAGAUACUUCGGAUAUCAUACAUUUGAAUAACGUCGACGCUACCCAUGCGGGCUCGUACAGAUGCAUGGUGAAAAAUGUGAUGGAUUGGGACUCCCAUGAGAUUGAUUUGAUUGUGGAAUAUAAGCCGUCAAUAUCAAAACCACAUCAGUCUAUUAUAACCACGGACCUAGGGGAGCCCGUUACGUUAACGUGCCCUGCCGUCGGAGAACCAGUCCCGAGCAUAACGUGGAAGCUCAAUGGAGUGCCUAUACCUAGCACUGCAAGAUAUAGUAUAUUCGCGGAUGGGACUCUUAGGUUUUUAGCUGCUUCGUCAGAUGAGGGCGAUUACGAAUGCGAAGCGAGCAACACACGUGGAGUGGACAGUAUCAAAUAUAAGCUACAUGUUUAUGUUCCAGUCGAUAUAGAGUCUCCCAAGAAUAGUUUCCUACAGCAGAUGGAAGGUUCACCGGUAACAUUGCCGUGCAGAGCGGACGGGUCUCCCAAGCCCAGCAUAACAUGGAUUUACCGCAGCAGUGACGCUAAAGUCAGGCCCAGCCUAUUAGAGCCAAGCGACGCUACAGGAAGGUUACAGUUUGACAGGAUACUAUUGAGACAGGGUGGUGAAUACACUUGCGUGGCAAUAAACUCCAGAAGUUCAAAGAAUAUUACGUACGAAGUUGAAGUUUUAGCGUCUCCUAAAAUUUACUACACGGCAAAAGAGUUCCAAGGGGUUGUAGGUGACAUGCAACUCCUGAUUCCAUGCAAUGCCACCGGCAAUCCAAAACCGGACAUCACGUGGGAGAUGGGACCAUACCAUAUUGCUUCAGGCUCCAAAUGGUUUGAUAUCAGUGCAGAAGGGAGUCUUAUUAUUAAGAAUGUUGACAAAGCGUCCAGCAGGUUUUACAGAUGUAAAGCUUCCAAUGAUUAUGGACAAACACAAGAAGAUUUUGGUGUCGCUGUUGAUGAUUUUCCGGACCCAGGACUGCCGACCAAUGAAUUCAAGCUGAAAAAAGGAGCAUCGGCGAUGAUCCCUUGUAGUGUUCCGCAUAAGAAAACUGACAGGAUAUUAUGGUUUAAGAACGGCGAACGCCUGCCUUCUUCUGAUCUAGUACUGCACGAUGUGACCGAAUCAGACUCAGGAACAUAUACAUGCCGGGUCAGCUCUGUAGACCGACCAGCACAAAGCGGCUCCACCAGGGUUGAGGUUGGCUUCGAACCACGCUUUGAUUAUGCUGAUGAUGAUAAAAACAUAGCCUUCAAGUACGGAGAACUUGCCACCAUGGACUGCACUGCUACUGGAGUUCCUGAACCUAAGGUGAAAUGGUACCAUGAUGACAGAGAGAUAAGCCUCAAUGAGUACACAUACUACUUGGAAAUGUACAACGACGACGACAAAGGUCGCUACACUUGCGUUGUCAGCAACUCCUACGGAACAGUGAAGCAAGACUUUGUUAUUUCAUCAUUCGAAUGCCUGCUGGAUGUAACACACUUUAGUAAAAACGAUCCUUUAAUGUUAACGCUCUAUAACAAAGUGCCUAACUUUAAAACCAGUGGCGUCUACAUGCGUAUACCUAAGGACGAAAAGAUCAAAUUGGUGUGCCCCUCAUACUUCAACACGAUGCAUUUAAAAGAAAUGAUCGUGACUUGUGAAAAGGAACAACAAUUUUUGCAUGACGCAUCUGGUAGAUACUUCGCUUACUCAGACCUUAAAUGCAGGGAGAUGUGGCAGCCAAUCGUUAAAAGAACAGGGCGGUCGUGUGCAAAAAGAAAUGCUGAAAUAUUGAACAUAGGCUUUGAGACAAGAGAAACAUUCCAAACAGUUUACGAAGUUUGCCUUGACCAGGACUCAAACAACCCUAUUUAUACAAAACUAAACAUGCAACCAUUGCUAGCUAAUUCUGUAACUAAUAACGAUACUUUAUGGUUUAACUAUGGUUCUCCUGUGGAUUUGGAUAGUCUAUACGAUUGUACUAAUCAGAAUGCAGAGACUUCAGCGACUUUGAAUAAGGAGUUCCACAGAGGCGACGGGUGUUGUUUUGGAAAGAGAAUGUUAGUGAAUCCUGUGGACGUUGCUCCUGGCUUACAAAGUGCCACGUACACGCAUCUAAACGUGGCGCCACACUGGGGCACUUGUGACUCCAAGAAUUGGGAGGAAGUAGAGCGCCGUGUCAGGAAUUUGGUAACGUCUUCGGACCGGACACUUCAAGUAUUCACCGGAACAGCUAAUGACCUUGAGCUGCCUGACGCGUACUCGAGGCAGAAGAAUGUGGUUCUUCAUAGCAGGGAAAAGGAUAUACAGGUUCCGAGGUACUUGUGGAAGAUAGUCCAAGACCCGACCACCAAGACUUCUUUGGUCAUCGUUCAAGUGAACGUGCCCGAUUUGAAGCUGGCGGAGGCACGUAGCUACCAGCUAUGCAAUGAUGUUUGCAAAAAUGCCGAAUGGAUGCAGUACAGACACUGGCGCAACGUACACCACGGAUUCACGUACUGCUGCAGCCUAGCUGACUUCGAGCACGCGUUCAGAUACCAAGGCGUGUUCCCUGACUUCAAGAAUUUGCUGCUGGAGUUGUCCGAUCUGCCUGAUGAUCAUUAUUUACACCGAGGGUAUUUUCUAUCAUGCACCAAAAAUAAAAACAAAUUACAUUUGCGUAGGUUUUUUGUAAGAUUUAUUGCAAGGAUAGUGUGUGCCCACCCUGUAGAUCCGUGUUCAUUGAGCGCCAGAAUUGAUAUCAACUUACGAGAGCUGCCAAAUGAUAACGACCAAUUACAACUUGUAAACGUUUCGAAGCGGUCGUAUGAUGAGAAUUAUUUAAAAAUGGAACUACAGUGUUUUCUCGCCCUGUUCCUUUUAGGAACAGUCACUACAGUCAGUUCUAGUGAUGUAAAAAGUAGUUUGACUUUUGUCAUUGAUGCCACUGCGUCGAUGAGUGAUGACAUUAAAGAAGUGAGUAAUGCUGUAGAUGCAAUUUUAGAUACAGUGAGUAAUUCGAGCUCUUCGCCGAUUGAAGAAUUUGUUUUGGUGACAUUUGCAAAUGAACCUAAACUGGUAACAAAAACCAAAGACAAGACAGCUUUUAAAAAAGAAAUAGGCAAUAUCAACACAGGCGGAGGCGGCUUUUGCCCUGAAAAGUCUCUGACGGGAAUCGAACUGGCACUAAAUGAGAGCAAAGACGGCUCUCUUCUGUACGUUUUUACUGAUGCCUCCGCAGAAGACUAUACGAAUUUUGCAAAAGUUGAAGCACUUAGCCAGAAGAAAGGAGUUCAGAUUGUAUUUCUUCUGACUGGGGUUUGUGAGAACGACACGAUCAGCCAAAACUAUCUAGUGUACCAAGAUCUUGCGAAAGCUACGAAUGGACAAGUAUUCCAUUUGAAAAAGAACGAAAUCGGAGAGAUAUUAAAAUAUGUGGAGGAAACUGUUGGGAGUCGAAAAAACGUUAUACUGAGUAAAACGUUGCCUGCUCGGCAAUUAGGUUCAUUUGAUGUUAAAGUAGAUGAAGACAUAAAGGACAUUGUGAUCGCAGUGUCUGGCGAGAAUGCGCGACUAGGCGUGUCCGAUCCAGGCGGCAUUGAAGCACAUACUACGAACAUCACAAAACUCCCAGCUAUAACGAUAGUGAAAGUCCCCGACGUGAAAUCAGGCGUGUACAGGGUGCAAACCGGUAGCAUCAGCAACACGCAUGUGGUCGUCUCAGCGUCGAGUUCAGUGCACUUCCGACAUGGGUUCUCCACCAUCGCUCCUGCUAGCAUUGAGGAGACUGUCAGUAGACCCGUACCAGAUGCAAAGUCCUACGUAGCCAUAAAAGUGCUUGACGCCCCACACGUGAAGCUGGUCAACGUGCAGAUCCUCGGUAUGGACGACACUGUACUCCUGCAGGAACCACUUACACUCGUCAACAAAGAUGAGCAGUUCUACACGACGGAGCCCGUCGAAACGCCGAAGGACACGUUUAAGUUAGCGAUAAAUGGUUACGACACUAGGAAAAAUAGCAAUAUAACGAGGUACAGCUUAACGCCAAUCAAACCUCAGUUCGUCAUCGAUCAGCCCAACGAGAAAGCUCCCGAAGUAACAAUUGAAGGAGGACCAACAAUCAACGCAGCAUUUUUCAAACCGUUGAAACUGAAGUGCAAAGUUAAAGGAUAUCCAAAAGUUGACAUUAUUUGGCAAUCUGAUGACACCUCUGCUAAGCUGGAGUAUGAGAAGGCCUCAAUCGUUGAGCUCCCCUACGACUACGUGAGUGUGCUGGAGAUACCUAAAGUGGAAAAGAAGGGCACGUACAGUUGUCAAGCAACCAACGCGGCAGGCGACGGCGUGCAAAAUGUCACCGUUCUUACUGAAGUAAAGGAUUUCAUUGAAGUUAAGGCUGAAGACACAACCAUCGAAUACCAGAAGCCAGGCAACAUAACCUGCGAAGUCCUAGCCCACCCCCCAGCCACAGUGACUUGGUACAAAGGUCGGAAACUCCUCAAACCUGACGACAACUACAAUAUGUCUGCCGAUGGUUCCAUCAUCACCGUCAAAUCUAUGGAACCAAACUUGGCCGGCAACUACUUUUGCGUGGUCAAGAAUGAGGUGAAGAAGGUUGUGAAGCUUUUGAAUGUGGAUAUAAGUGGUGUUGGGCCGCCAAAAAUCGACAAGAGUGUUCACACAAUUAACGCUAGAGCAGAAACCGAAGUGACCUUUCGGUGCAGGCUUAUCGAAGCUAUACCCAACGCAACCCUCAGCUGGUCGUUCAAAAACGCCGACGAAGACAUCGCCCUAAACGAAACCUCGGACACGUUACAUUUGGACUACAUUCAGAUUUCUGACGCCGGCACGUACAGUUGCAAGGCAAAGAAUGCAAUGGGAGUGGAUUAUUAUGGCAUUGAAUUGAUUGUUGAGUACUCCCCCGAUAUCUCGGAAGAUAUGGAGACGAGAGUGACCGUGCUCGAAGGGACGCCUGUGACCCUUGAUUGUGCAGCCGAUGGACUACCCAAGCCCAGCGUGGUCUGGACUCACAACGGACGGCGCCUUUAUGAUAAAACGAGACAUACUUUCUAUGCCAAUGGAAGUCUUGGGUUUUCAGCUAUGCUAUCAGAUGCCGGAUACUACGCAUGUCAAGCGAGUAACACGUGGGGAAGCGACUCUAUCACCAUCGAGCUCGAUGUUAUUGUUCCAGUUGCUGUAAAGUCGCCAGGCAAGACUCACAUUGAACAAGAGGAAGGUACGUCCCUGAACUUGGAGUGCAAAGCUGGUGGACCUCCCACGCCCCACAUCACAUGGUAUUAUCGCAAGACGAACACAUCUGACGCCAUUAAAAUAGCGCACAAUACCGUCGAAGGAGACUUGCGUUUCGCGAGAAUCCACCACGGGCAGAGCGGCGAGUACACUUGUGUUGCCGUUAACGCCGGCGGUUCAAAAAAUAUCACCUACACCGUGUCAGUCACAGCUCGUCCCUCAAUCCUAUUCAGGAUGAGGCAGUAUGACGGCGUGAAGGGUGACAUGUACCUCAGGGUCCCCUGCGAUGCCACCGGCAACCCAAAACCUGAGGUCCUUUGGACCUUUGGAGGGAAGAACCUUUCUUCAGACACUCAAUGGUACCUCAUCGGAAAGGAUGGCAGUCUAAUCAUCAAGAAAGUCGAUGACUCGGCAGCUGGAACGUACACAUGCACAGCUAUCAACAAAUUUGGUUCUACUUCUGAACAGUUUCAAGUUGUUGUUAAUGAUUAUCCUGUAGACCGCUUUUUAUCGAUCAUGAUAGAAGAAGGUAAAACGGAAAAUAUUGCAUGCAGUGUUCCACACAGGCCAAAGAUUGACAGAGUAAAUUGGUUCAAGGACGGCCGCAAUAUAACUUCUGGCGAACUGAAGAACGUGACACAAGCGGACGCGGGGACGUACACUUGUCGCGUGAGCGGCCCGGACCGGCCGCCCCAGACCGGCUCCACCAGGGUGGAGGUCGGGUUUAAGCCUCGCUUCAACUAUGAAGGCGACAACAACAUACCUUAUGAGUAUGGACGCCGAGCGACCAUGGAUUGCUCUGCCAGUGGAACUCCACAGCCUAUUGUGACCUGGCUUCACGAUGGCCAAGCGCUCCCAUUCACCCAGUUCAAGUACGAGUUCUUAAUGAACAACGACGGCCAGAGAGGGCGCUACACGUGCGCCAUCACCAACCAGUACGGAUACGUGCAGCAGGACUUCAUUAUUGCUUAGAUGCAGAUGCCCGGGUACGAUGGUUGCACUAAUUAAAAAACAUAGACCCACUUAUCUUGUUAAUCUAGCACCGCCUUUAAACGGCUCCACAAUUAAAGCAUCAAAACAUUGAUCGAAUAUAUGCUUUACAGUUAUUAAAAUAAGUUUGUUAUAGUUUUAAUUGUAUUUUUGAAAGUUAUUAAUAAAAUGUUUGAACAGUG